AUGUUAAUUAAACCACUACUGUAUUAUGAUGAAAUUUAUCUUUACGCGCGUAAUCUAGAACAGGAUAAGUAUCAAAAGCUAAUUCAAAAAAUGAGGGAGUUGAGUAGUAAACUAGGAUAUGAAAUACUUCAUGUAAGUAAUGAUGAAAUAAUCCCAGUGACAGAAAUGGAUUAUGAAGACAAUCAAAAACUUGUAAUAUUCGAUGACUAUGUUUGUGAUAAAAACCAGAGACAACUGAUUGAUUAUUUUAUUGAAGGACGACAUAAGAAUUGUUCGGUGGUGUACCUCAGUCAAUCGUUUUAUAAAACGCCAAAGGACAUUCGGUUGAAUUGUUCUCAUUACUGUUUAUACGAAUUUCCAUCAUCAAGGGAAGCCAACAGAAUAUCAUCUGAGUUAGGAGUAAGUAAAGAAGAUUACCACGCAGUAACUAAAAAACCGUAUUCAUUUCUAUACGUUGAUAAACCAAGAAAACAUAUUGCAAAAAACUUUACUGGUAAUCUAACCUAA